AUGGACCCUCAAAUGAACAAGCUCCUCAAAUGGAGUGUCCAGAACUCCCAGCAACGCCAGGAAGAUGGCACUCUCACUGCCCCUCCAACCGCCGAGGAGGCUUCGCGCAACCUGACCCCGGACAUGAUCAAUGCGCUUUUUGGUGGACCCAGCGAUGCCGAUCUCCUGAAGAUGAAUAUGCAAUUGCUGCAAUCGGACGAGGCGGAUCUGGAGAACAAGAUGAUCGCUUUCGACAAUUUCGAACAGCUGAUCGAGUCCAUUGACAAUGCGAACAACCUGGAACCUUUGGGUCUGUGGACUCCGCUUGUUGCCUUGCUCAAGCACGAGGAGCCUGAUAUGCGCCGUAUGGCUGCCUGGUGUGUUGGUACUGCCGUGCAAAAUAACCAGAAGGCUCAGGAUAAGCUGAUUGUUUUGAACGCUAUCCCCACUCUCGUGGCCAUUGCGACGACCGAUUCCAACCUCGCUACCCGUAAGAAGGCCGUCUAUGCCCUCUCCUCCGCUGUCCGGAACUACCAGCCCGCCAUGAACGAGCUCACCAAGAGCCUUCCGGAGGGCUUUUCCAAGGAUAAGACCGAGGCGGGUGAUAUGGAGGCUAUUGAUGAGGUUAUGAACAAGCUCCGGGCUCACGAGGUCGCUGCAUGA